UGCUAAUCCAGCAUUUUUAUUUUCUACUUUUUUAUAACUAAACUGAAUCAUAAUAUCUAUAAUAAGAGCAAGUCAAGGAGUUCCUUGACAAAGCGUAGCAUGUUCAGUUUCAUUCUGGUUUCACAAAUAUUCAGCAUUUGUAAGAAAAUGGCAAGAAAGAUGUGCAGAAGGGUUGAAUGCAUGGCUUUUCUUCUUCUUAUUUUGGCUCCAUUUCACACUCUCCCUGCAAAGGGAGAAGAGUGCUCCUAUCUAUUAGAGGUGCAGACAUCACGUGGUAUAUUCGAUCCAGGGACAGAUGACCAUGUCCGUGUGAGAUUUGGGGACAAAGGCUUUUAUGACGAAAACAAAGUUGAGGUGCUAGAACAGUAUCUUAGCCAGUCCAUGAACGAAGGCAACAAGAAGCCCUUCAUGAAGGGCAAAACCGAUAAGUUCACCUUAACUGGGCCUUGUGUGAAGGACAAUUUGUGCUAUGUAUAUUUUAAGGUAGAGGGCACUGAUAAUUGGCGGGUUAAUCAUGCCAAAAUUCAGCAUAUCCACGGUACAGAUACAUUCCACUUCAAUAAGAAGCUUCCACAGAAUACUUGGUACGGACGUGAAUACUGCAAUGAGAAUUCAGAGAUGAUUGCUUCCGUGGCGGCUCAGAAGGAUGCAAUUGAGCAAGUGGAUAAGAAGGGUAAACGGAGAAUAAAAAAGGCAAAGGUAUAAAUUGCCUUUGGUGAGGUAACAAAUAAUCAGAGUGUUUAAUCUUAUUGUAUUGGUGAUGUUUGUAAAUUAAUAAUCUCUUUCAUGUGAUAAGAUGGAAGAGACAUUAAGAUUCUAAGUUUUGUACAUUUGAAUAAGUGAUGUAUCGAUCUUAUUGAAUAA